AUGUUUUUAUUGCUUCUCUUAGCAUUUGUCCAUCCAAUUCCAAUUUCAGAUCAAAUCUAACCUACCUUCCUUAACAAUCUUGACACAUCGGAAGCCAGUAAACCUAUUUAAACCAAAGAAGUAUUCUUAUUAGAAAUUGCAGAUUAUUUCUAAGGGACUCCUUUCUACAAUUUUUUAGACUUAGAAAAUAAGGACAAUCAAACCAAAAGAAUAGUGAUUGCCACUGUUUUGUCAAUUUUUCUAAUAGUCGUUUUGUGCGUGAUUAUCUAAUUUAUCUUGGAAAUAGCCAAACAAUCCAAUAUUUAAUUAAGUAUAGAAAAGAAGUCAAACUUGUCUGAUUGAUGAGUUUUACAACCAUGAAUCAUGGUUUAGUUUUAAUUAUAAUUAUCUUAAAAUAAACCUCCU